GCCAUACGGUAUGCAAGUUGACUCAGCUCUGUCGAUGGAUCAGAUGAGAAUUCCUGGUAUUUUAAGACUAGACAAAGCGUCACGUUCUUCUGGUUUUAGAACCACGCCUCGGACAUCGGCGGCUAUGCAGGUGGGUCCGUCGUCAUCCCCGUCGCAGUCGCAAUCGUCGGCCAGUCGACAGUCGGUUACGUUUGGUAUUGUCGAGUUCCAGCAGGACGAGGAUCACGUUGAAGAGGACCAAGGGUCGCGAAGCGAACGAACGGACAUCAGAUUUCGCGACGACACGCAGAGCGUCUCUAUCGCUGACGAGAUAUCCAGGCGAACGAACUCGAGCGGAAGCUCGCAAAACUUGGGGUCGAUGGAGAAGUCAGCCGCCGACGGUGAGGAGAACGACAGCGAUGAAGAUUACUCGGCGUCAGUUUGCGCAAUUAUGCAACGGCGAAACUCCACACGGCGGCAAAGUCGACGGAAACGACGUCCGUCGUCCCCGUUCGGUGACAACGCUGACGGUGUCGCACGUCGUCGAUCCUCGGUUUACACCACGAGCUCGGGAGAGUUAGUAUUCUUUCAGAGAGCUAGAGUGGACUCGAGUCCAUUGUUUGUGAGAGUUGCCUCGAGUGCGAUUUCCUCACCGAAAUUGCACAAACUGGAAUAAAGUCAAUUAUAAUAAAUAUAAAGCGAUAUCUUAUAGAUCUCGCGGAUUGUAUAAAGUUUACUCACGCUCUAG